ACUAGAACCAUGAAGUUCACACUGUUGUUACUUCUUGGGGCUUGCUUUGCAAGUGCAUCAAGAAGAGAAUCUGUUUUCCGCUCAGGUCGUGAAUACGCAUAUGUGUAUGAUGGUCAGGUUUUGACAGGAAUCCCUGGCUCAUCUCAGCAGUACAGUGGAGUCAGAAUCAGAGCCACUGUCAGACUGCAGUUCACAUCUGCCUCACAGGUCCAAUGUCAGUUGGAAGGUGUUCAGGUGCGCAGGUUGAAUGAGAAGGUUGUACAAGGUGAACCAACCCAGCAACUGCCACUGGAGAUUUUCCAAGACCUACAACAGGAGCAGCAGCAAGUGAUCAGCCAAGAGCUGCAAAGACCAUUCCAAAUCAGUUAUGAAGAUGGCAUUGUAAAGCAGUUGCAGACUGAACAGGAUGACCCAUACUGGUCAGUGAAUAUCAAGAAGGGAGUCCUGAGUGUAUUCCAAGUCAACUUGCAGCAGUACAGAGCUUUAGAUGAGGACAACAGGUCCAGCUGGGAUGCUUGGUUUACAAACAUUCGCAGACAGAGCACACAGAACAGGAAUGUCUACAAAGUAAUGGAGGAUGGUGUAUCAGGUGACUGUGAGACUCUGUACCAGGUAGGCUCUUACCCUUACUCCUACUCCCAGUAUGCUAGCCAGAAUGUGAUCAAUGUCACCAAGGUGCGCAACUACAGGAACUGCCUGGAACAGCCACUUUUCCAACAGAGCAUCUAUACAGCUGUCCGCUGUGAUUCAUGCAACUAUGAUCAGCAACAGCCUCUGUUGAGAUCUGGCACCCAAGCCCGCUACAACAUCUCCAGUCAAGGCCAAAAUGGCAAUGUUAUAGAAUCAGCAGUAGUAGAGAGCCAGCAUGUCUUCACUCCAUACUCUGAGCAGGGAGGCAGUGCUGUCACAUACAUCAACCAAUGUGUACGUAUUCAAGGAGCCAACCAGAACGGUGCGCCCAUCCCUGCACCCACAAACCCACAAAUCCACCAGGAAAACCUAAGAAUGAUCAUCCCCAAGAGAGAAGAAGUAGCAAAGAAUCCAGAGUGGCAGCCAAGACCAAGCACACCCAGUGAAAUUGUGGCUAAAAAGCAACAGGUUGGACAGCUUCUGUCCCAAAUCACCGCAGAACUUGACCAGGGGGUUCCAGUAGAGGCACCCAAGUAUAUUGCUGCUCUCCUGCGCUCCCUGCGUCAGUCCAGCACUGAACAACUGGCUGCAAUCUGGCAACAGUACUGCCAGCAAGGCUCAGCACCAACAAUUCAGCAGGGCCAGAGACAACAGAGAUAUGGCCAACAAGGCCAGGGACAACAGAGCUAUGGCCAGCAAGACCAGAGGCAGCAGAAACAAAGGCAUCAGGGAAGGAAACAGCAACACCACCAGGAAUAUGAACAGCAAGGAUGGAGACAACAACUGAAUGACCAACAGAGCCAGAGAGCAAGACAAGUACUGUUCGAUGUGUUGCCCCUUGUGAGCAAUGGAGCUAUAGUGGAUUGGGUAGCAACAGCCAUCAAGAGAGGUCAAUUAGCAGACCGUGAAGCUGCUCAAGUUUUGUCAGGCUUAGCCUUUAGUCCACUGCCAAACCUCUCCAUGGCUGACCAACUCCUGGCACUUUACCAGAAUCUCCCUGCAUCAUACAGCCCCAUAGUGCGCCGUUCCUGCCUCCUGUCAGCUGGGGCCCUGAUAAAUGCCAGCUGUACCUGGCACCCAUACCCAUCCCAAAGACCGUAUGCCAGGGACCAAGGCUGCACUGAAACCAGGCUUAAUAAGUAUGUCCAGCAACUUCAAGCUUUGUAUAACCAGGGUCAGAAUAGAGAUGAGAAGAUCCUUGUUUUGAAGGCUUUUGGCAAUGCAGGAAUUGAAGGAAGUUUUCCCUGGUUGAAGAAGGUGAUUCAGGAUAAGCAACAGCCACAGGAACUGCGUGUGGUGGCUGUAAAUGCUUUGAGAAAUCUUGUAGGAUCUAUUCCAAACAGGAUCAAUGACGUUUGUCUGACAGUGUACUUUGAUGGUGAAGAACCAACAGAGCUCAGGCUUGCUGCCUUCAGGAUCUUCAUAGGACAAAGCCCAAGCCGCACAGCUCUUCAACUUGUUGCUCAGUCUCUUAGGAGAGAACAAGACUUGGAAGUCGGCUCCUACGUUUACUCAUACCUUAUUACUGUGGCCAAUGCCUCACAUCCCUGCUACAGGACUCUGGCCAGACGUGCGCAGUUUGCUCUCCGUUUCUGUAGGCCAUACAACCCAGGCUUCCAGUACUCCAAGGCCAUGCACUAUAGCAAAUACUAUAAUGAUCUGAAGAUUGGUUUUGCUCAGGGAAUCCACAAAGUAAACAGUCCAUACUCUCUCCUCCCACGUUCACUGGCUGCCAGAUAUGACCUUGCUAUGUUUGGAUUCUCCACAAACCUAUUUGAGGUUGGCUUCAGAGCUGAGGGACUACAGAGCAUUUUGGAAGCAAUCUUUGCCCCAAAACAAACUGCUUUCAACAUCAUUAAGAAGACAUUCAAGGAUGCUCUCCAGAGCCCUAGACACUCAGCCAGAGGUGCCAGACAUUACCAACAGAGGGAGGGGCCAGUCAAUCAGAACAUUGUUCAGGAACAAGAAAGAAUCAAGGAACAUUUGAAACUUCAAGGUUGCCAGUCUGAGAGACUGAAUGGUCAAGUGUACUACAGAGUCAAUGAGAGAGAGGUAGCCUACUACACACUGGACCCAUUGUCUGUAAGACAGUUGCUGACUGAUUACUUUGAUCUGCAGCAGAUCCAGAGUGAACAAGGAAUGCCAGUAGAUUAUGUUCGCUCUUUUGUCAAUGCUGAUGCUACCUACCAAAUGCCCACCUGUAUUGGUCUGCCACUGACUCUUAACCUCACUGCAAUCACUGCAGUAAGAAUUGAAGGACAAAUAAAGGCAAAGACUACCCCAGCUGGAAGCCUGAUCCCUGAUGUUAUCAGCAUUGAAGCAAGUCUUACACCAAGAAUUGCUUUUGAGAAGACCUACCGUAUGGGUUGUGAUGGUGUUUUGUUUACUGCCUCUGCUGCUGCUAAGUUGCGCGUCAGCUCUGGACAGGCCAUUCGUGGCAAUGCCCAGUACUACACCAAGACCAGCCAGCUUACUGCUCAGAUCCAUGCUCCACAACAGGAGGUGACACUUGUGGGUGCCACUGCUGUCCCCAUGACCUGCUGGAGAGAUGUCCCUGGCCAGCCGUCCCAGCCUGCACAGGAACAAUGCAUAGAGAUCGCAGGACAGGAGGUCAAUGUUCCACAACAGAGAAGAUACAGAUAUGGCGGUGAAGGUCUUGGUGUUGAAUUUGAGAUUUUUGCCCAGUAUGUAAAUCGCACUGGUGCUCCUUUUGCCCCAUUCCACCCACUGGUAGGCAAGCAAAAUCUGCAGGUCAAGGUUCGACCUGCAGGUAAUGCAGCACAGGCUUACCAGAUUACCUUCGAAUACAGGAGACAGCAAGUAAGUGAAAUUAAUGAACCACUGUCCGUGAAAAUCAGCCCAGUUCCUGGCAGACAACAGGGAGGUGGAUCGGUUGCAGGUGGAAGCCCACCUUAUACCGAGCAACAACAAGAUGGAGCAUCUGAGGGAGGCUUCUGGAGCUACUUUGGUUUUGGUGGUCAGGAGGAAGAAGAAAGCUCAAAGAUUGGAUAUUCCAGCCCUGCCUAUGGGCCACAGCCUGCUGGUCCAUAUGAACGCACUCAGAUCUUGUUUGCUGUGCAAUCUCAAGGAGGAAGUCAGCCUCGCCAGGCUAAGGUCAGUUUGGCCUAUACACGUGACCAAGAGUCUCAGCGUAGCAAAGUGAGUGCGCAUGUGAUUGUCCCUACUCCUAUCCCAGGUGUUGUGGAGUACCCAUGGAGGGCAUGUGUUGAUGGUCAAGUGAGCUAUCCCAGACUCCCUGACAAUGUGGCAAUCGCCCAGGUCCCUCAGUCUCAGAAGGUUGUUGAUGCAGGAGUCACUGUGGCAUGGGGCAGACAGUGCAGCAACCCACAGAUUGCUAUCAAGGCUCUAGCAGGCAAAGGCAGUGGGCAGAUUCAACAAGAGAGUGAACAGAUACAGCAGCUGAGGGAACAGUGUCAAGGAAAUCCCCAGGGGCAGCCUGCUAGUGCCCCCCAGCAUCAACAGACAUACCGUAACAAGUAUGCCAGGCAAUCUGGUGGGCAAGCUGCUGACUGGGCCAACCCUUCAUCACGUGCACAAAACAUCACAUAUGAGAGAGCAGUGGCGUGUGAGAGACUGAGACAGGAGGCUGCUAGGCUGCAACAGUGGGAUGUGUUGAUCCAAUACCAGCAGCUUCCCUAUUGGUUUAGAGCAGCCAUCUCCAGUGCCUACCGCUAUGCUAAAUACCAGCAGUACAGCCGUCUGAGUGUGGAGGACAUUGAUGUUAACAACCAGCCAAACAAAAUCAGAAUCCAGGCUACAAGUAUAGGAAGUCCAAACCAGCCCCAGAUUGCUGUAAGAUGCCAGACUCCCACUGAGAUUUCUACAUUCCAAAGCAUCCCUCUCCCCUUUGCUCUGCCCACUGUCUCCCUCACCACCCCUAUUGUUGAGGCAACUUUGCAGCAAGCAAGUGGUGGCAAACUACCUGCUGUCUGCAAAGUUCAAGGGGGCACUGUGAAAACCUAUGAUGGAAUUGCUUCCAAAUUACCCAAAGCUCCUUGCGAUGUGUUGCUGUCCAAGGACUGCUCCCCAAGAGAAAGCUUUAUGGUCAUUUUGGAGAGUAAUAAAGCCAAUGACCAAAUAGGUAUUAGAAUUGCCCUUAAGAAGAAAGUUAAUAUCCAGCUGACACCUCAGGGAAAAUCUGCUGAAAUUAUAGUAAAUGGUGCCAAAAAGGCAGUCCCUCCAUCUGGAGAGCUGAAGAUUCGUGAGGCAGAAAGUCCCAGCAGUCCUAUUAUUGCUACAGUACGCAAGACGGCAAACCUUUAUGUGAUUAGUUGCCAAGAACUGGGCCUGUCUGUUCAGACAGACUUGGCGACAGUCAAAGUACAGAACAACCCAGCUGUGUACCGUGGUAAGACAUGUGGUUUGUGUGGUAACAUGAAUGGCCAGACCAAAGAUGAUCUAGAGGGCCCACGCAAGGAGCGCUACGAUAACCCAGAACAUUUUGCCUACAGCUAUUUGAUUCCAAGUUCUAGAUGUCCAGCUGAAAUGAUUGAAAGCCUCAAGAGCAACAAGCAGAUCAAGGCAAAAGUACCAGCAUGCAAACCAAUAUUCCGUAACAAGAAAGAAACCAGAGAGUACAGAGGCCAACAGGAAAUCUGCUUCUCUCUGAGACCAGUCAGGCAGUGCCCUGCAGCCUGCAAGAAAGUUGGCAUCCAGCGCGAGCAACUCCCUUACCACUGCCUGCCUGCUAAUGCUGUCUCAACCAAACAGAUGGAUGCUGACAUCAACAAAAGACCACUGAAGGAGCUCAUCACCAAGCCUGAGCACAUGCGCAAGGAAGUAGAAUACCCAGAGGACUGUCAGAUUUAAAUAUGGUAGAUCAGGCAAAGAAGAACUUUAUGAUUAUGGAACUAUGAUUAAUGGAACAUUGCUUUUGCAGAUAUAAUUCUGAUAAUGACUGCUUCGUAUUCAAUAACAGAUAAAUAUUACCAUUUUCUUACACUGGAUAGAAUAUGAUGAAAGUGAAACAAUUCAAAUUGUCCUUUUCUGAUGAAAUCAAUGUA